CAUUUUCAACAACAGCUGUGGAAACGGCAGUACGAUUGGGAUGAACCCCUCAACCAGCAAGACAAGGACACUUGGCUCACAAUAAUCAGGAGUGUAAGCGGAUUCGCUAAUAGAAUAUCUUCCUCGCAGGAUCACCGAUCUGAAAGGAUCGUGUCGCUCGUCACCUAUAGUGAUGCGAGUUCCUUGGCGAUGGCCGCCUGCACAUAUCUCUCCACUGAGAACGGAUCUACAAUGCUAGUGAUGGCAAAGAUCACUGAUCUGGAACGAUCGUAUUCGCUCGUCACCUAUACUGAUGCGAGUUCUUUGGCGAUGGCUGCCUGUACAUAUCUCUCCACUGAGAACGAAUCUCAUCUAGUGAUGGCAAAAUCGAAGGUUUCGGACGCUCAGAAGGAGACAACAAUCCCAAAACUAGAGCUCAACGCCCUUACAAUAGGAACGCGAUUGUCUAUCAACGUACUUCGGAGUCUGUUACCUGUUAUACACAUUUCUCGCAUCCUAAUCUUAUCAGAUUCGGAAAUAGCACUGAAGUGGAUCUCGUCACCAAUUCAUCGCAGCAACGGUGUCUUCGUAGCGAACCGAGUGAAAGAAAUCCGGAGAAUCGUAGAAGAGCUUGCUACAUUGGGAGUCUCUGUGCAGUUUGGAUAUAUCGAGACCGCGAAUAAUCCUGCAGACUGCGGUACAAGAGGAGUGUCAUCCAAGGACUUCGCAACUCAUAAAUGGUGGACAGGAUACACGCUCAAAGAAAUCAACGAAAGUCGUGUCAUGCGUAACACCGUCACUAUGCCAGAAGAAGAUGGAGAGGAAAUAAUGGAGUCAGUGGAUGUUCACACAAUACAGACAUCGGUCUGA